AUGAAGCUGGUUCGUUUUCUUAUGAAAUGCGCCAACGAAACGGUGACAAUCGAGUUGAAAAAUGGAACCAUUGUUCACGGCACCAUUUCCUCAGUCUCCCCUCAGAUGAACACCGCCCUCCGAACCGUCAAGAUGACCAUCAAGGGGCAGGAGCCUAUCUCUCUAGAGACGAUGAAUAUCCGAGGUUCUACAAUCCGAUAUUUCAUCCUGCCCGACUCCCUACCCCUCGAUACACUGUUGAUCGACGACGCCCCUAAGCCGAAGAACAAGGCCAGAAAGGAGGCAGAGCGGGGUGGGCGAGGAGGUCGGGGCAGAGGCGGUCCCAGGGGACGCGGACGUGGUGGAGGCCGCGGUCGCGGAGGACGGCCCUAA